AUGAAUGAUGUCUAUCAAGCAUCCAUUCUGGAGAGUGAUUGUGUGUCUCUCAUAGAGCUGGUAAGAGCUCUGGAUGCUCAGAAGAUCGCCGGUGUGUCGUGUGGGCAGGCUCACUCUCUGGCGGUGAACGAGCAGGGGCAGGUGUUUGCCUGGGGGGCCGGAGAAGGAGGGCAGCUCGGUCUGGGUACGGCUGAAGAGGCUGUCCAUGUACCCAGGUUGAUUAAAAAGUUGUGCGAGCAUCGAAUCUCACAAGUGAUGUGUGGCAACCAACACUGCAUAGCGCUUUCAAAAGAUGGUCAGCUGUUUGUAUGGGGUGAGAACUCCAGCGGUCAGCUGGGUUUAGGGAAGGGAGAGCCCAGCACUCUGUCUCCUCAAACACUCAAAUCUCUUUGUGGGAUCCCACUGGCUCAGAUCAGCGCUGGAGGAGACCACAGCUUUGCCCUGUCGCUGUCUGGAGCCGUGUUCGGCUGGGGGAAGAACAGCGCGGGGCAGCUGGGCCUCAAUGACGAGCAAGACCGGGCUGUUCCCUGUCACAUCAAGUUCCUGCGCUCACAGAAGGUGGUGUACAUCAGCUGUGGAGAGGAGCACACCGCUGCCUUGACAAAGGAAGGGGGUCUGUUCACAUUUGGAAACGGUUCAAGAGGACAGCUGGGCCACGAUUCCACCAGAAACGAGCCUCUUCCACGCAGAGUUAUGGAGCUCAUGGGCACUGAGGUGUCUCAGAUCGCUUGUGGGCGGCACCACACCCUGGCAUUCGUGCCCUCCACUGGUCUGGUUUACGCUUUCGGCUGCAACACUCAGGGCCAGCUGGGUACAGGCCUCAGAGGAAAUGCUAAGAGCCCCCUUCCUGUCAGAAACGUCCAGCCCCUGUGCAUUGGAAAUACACACACAAAAGGCGAGCGCUACACCAUCCGUAAAAUUCACAGUGGAGGCGAUCACAAUUUCCUGUUGUUGUCUACUAAGGAGGGUUCAUCUUGUCCCGAGGAUUUCCGCAUCAUGAAUACCAUCAAAAGCAUCGCUCUGAUUAAUUCUGAGAGUCUGGACAGCUGGAGGAUGAAGCUCCAUGACAACAGCGAUUCAAGCAUCACCAAUGACAUCUUACUCCUGUUUUCCUCAACUGCAUGUUGGAAUGCCAGCUUUUUGGAUCAAAGUGAUGACGGGCAUUUCAAAACCAACCCCAAAGUCCCAGGCAUCGAUUUCAAUGCAGUUAGGCUGCUUUUUGAGACGCUGAUGAAACCAGCCUUCGCAAGACUUUUGGAUCAGGCCACGAAGAGCUUUGAGAGUCUCCUGAUCCCCCAGCUGACCUGCUCUCCUCCUGACGUGGAAGCCAUGCGGAUCUACCUGAUCCUGUCUGAAUGUCCCGCUCUCCAGGACUCCAAAAACUACAUCUCUCUCACCAUCCCUCUAGCCAUGGCCAUCCUCAGACUGGAUGCCAACCCCAGCAAAGUCCUCGAUAACUGGUGGUCUCUAAUGGAUUGCGAGUUUUUCUCCAGACUAGUGGAGAUGUACAAAAGCAUUGUUGUGUUUCUGUUGACUGGCGGGAAGGCGCUCCUGAUGCCUGUGUUUCUGGAGAGUUACACCAGUGCCGCCCUUAGACUGCUGGAGAAGCUACACAAGGUCAAUCUGAAAGCCCAUCGUGUGGAAUACAACCACUUCUACAUCCCUGACAUCGCCACCCUGGUGGACAUACAGGAAGACUACCUCAAAUGGUUUCUGCGCAAAGCUGAUAUUAAAAUGCGAUACCCUCCAGUGCAGGGAUCUGUCACGUUAUGUGCCUAUCCGUUCAUAUUGAACGCGCAAGCCAAGACGACCGUGCUGCAAACAGAUGCUGAGCUGCAAAUGCAGAUGGCAGUAAGUGGCGCUAACUUGCACAACGUCUUCAUGCUGUUGACUAUGGAACCUUUGCUGGCAAGAAACCCUUUCCUGGUGCUUCACGUAAGAAGGAACCACUUAGUCAGCGAUGCUCUCCGGGAGCUCACAGUCUACAAUGACGUAGACUUGAAAAAGCCACUUAAGGUCAUCUUUGAUGGAGAGGAAGCUGUGGAUGCUGGAGGAGUCACUAAGGAGUUCUUCCUGCUCCUGCUUAAAGAGCUGAUUGAUCCGAUCUAUGGCAUGUUCACCCAAUAUUCAGAGUCCAAUCUGCUGUGGUUCUCUGAUAAAGUAGAGGAGACCUUCUGUCUGAACUUUGCAAUUACGAGAGAGUAUUACGGGAUAACAGAGGUUAAAGAGCUGGUACAGGGCGGGAAGACCAUCGCAGUGGACAAGACAAACAGGAAGGAGUUUGUUCAGGCGUAUUUACAGUAUGUGUUCAGUGAUGCCGUACAGGAGCAGUAUUCGGCCUUCUCCAGCGGUUUCCUGAAGGUCUGUGGCGGGGAGAUUCUCUCUCUCUUCCAGCCCUCUGAGCUCAUGGCCAUGGUGGUGGGCAACAACAACUACAACUGGGAGGAGAUGGAGAAGAAUGCCUCCUACAAGGGCGAGUUCUCUGCAUCACACCCAACAGUUAAGAUGUUUUGGGAGGUGUUUCAUGAGUUUCCCUUGGAGAAAAAGAAACAGUUUUUAUUGUUUUUGACAGGCAGUGACCGCAUCCCCAUCCACGGCAUGGCCAGUCUACGCAUCGUCAUCCAAUCCACUGCUGCGGAAGAGCACUACCUUCCUGUGGCCCACACCUGCUAUAACAUGCUGGACAUGCCCUGCUACCAGACCAAAGAGACUCUGCGGCACCGGCUCACGCAAGCCGUGGAGCAGUACGAGGGCUUCAGUCUGGUCUGAGCGGGAUCUGCAGAGGUUGCUUUCUGUAUGCUGACACUGCACUUUAAACCUGUGGAGAACUGGAAAUGAAUGAUGCUCUCGCAUUUAUUUUACCACAGACGAGCACAUCCUGAGUCUUGUAUGAGUAAAUCUAUUAUUUUCUUAAUCUUACUGACAGACUCUGGCUUGUUUGGUUGAAUCUUGAGAUGUGCACCGUUUUUUUGUUUGUUUACUUUUUAUUUUUUAUUUUUUAAAUAUAUUUUUUAAAUGACACAAAUAAAUUAUAAGAUUAGGAUUGAGUUGUUGGCAAAAUAAAUUAAUUCGACAUUCUUUA